UUGAUUUUCACGAACGACUUCGUGAAGUGAUUGCUGGAGGCUCAUUAGACUUUGAUUCUUGGACUUCACUUAUUUCAGAAGUUGAAAAAACUUAUCCAAGCCACCCUGGGUCUGACAACAAUGAGGGCACUCCAAGUUUGGCACCACCCAUUCGAGAAUGAUCUAAGGAGAGGUGUCGAGUAGGCAGAGUGGUCCGACCUCAAUGAGAGCAUUACAAGUUCGGCACCACCCAUUUGGAAAUGGUUUUUGGGAACAUGGUUGCUUUUUUAUGGAUAAUAUAGAGACAAUCUGUUUAGCAUAUGAUUCCUUUUUGUCCAAGUUUCCUUUGUGCCAUGGAUAUUGGAGGAAGUAUGCUAAUCACAAGAUACGCUUAUGCACAGUUGACAAGGUUGUUAAAAUCUUUGAGCGAGCUGUUGAAUCAGCAACUUAUUCUGUUGGUGUGUGGGUUGAUUAUUGCAGCUUCGGUAUGUCUGUAUUUGAGGAUCCAUUUGAUGUUCGUAGAUUAUUUAAAAGAGGGAUGAGCUUUGUUGGAAAAGAUUACUUAUGUCAUACCCUGUGGGAUAAAUACAUUGAAUAUGAGUUUUCACAGCAGCAAUGGAAUUUCCUCGCUCACAUUUAUAUCCAAACUUUCAGAUUUCCGAUAAAAAAUCUACACCGCUACCAUGACAAUUUUAAGAAAUUUGCUGCCAUUUUGGAAGAGGAGAUGGAACACCAUAAUGACUGCAGCAAUAAAGAACAGUCAGAAGCUGUUCCUGACGUUGAAGUUAUAACUCCUGGAGAUGAUAUCUGCUAUGUCAUCAAAGACCUGCUGGAUCCUUCUGUUGGCUCUCUUAGAUCUAAAGCUCUGCAGAAAUAUUUAUCUAUUGGAGAGCAGUUCUAUCAGAAAGCAUGCUGUUUGAAUGAGAAAAUAAAUCUCUUUGAGACACAUAUUCGGAGGCCUUAUUUCCAUGUAAAGCCACUCGAUGACAAUCAGCUAGAAAAUUGGCAUCACUAUCUGGACUUUGUUGAGUUGCAGGAGGAUUUUGAUUGGGCUGUGAAACUUUAUGAGAGGUGCUUAAUUCCCUGUGCUAAUUACCCUGAGUUCUGGAUGCGGUAUGUGGAAUUCAUGGAAACCAAGGGAGGACGAGAGGUAGCAAAUUUUGCACUAGACCGAGCAACACAAAUAUUUCUGAAGAAUGUGCCAGCAAUGCAUCUGUUCAGUGCUAGGUAUAAGGAGCAGAUAGGAGAUGUGUCUGGUGCACAUGCGGCAUUUGUGCAGUGUAAUACAAAAUCCAGUUCUUACUUCAUCGAAGACGUUAAAAAAGAAGCUAAUAUGAAAAAACGUCUGGGAGAUUCUGCUGCUGCUUUCCAUGUAUAUGAAAAAGCACUUGAAAUGGCCACAGAGAGGCAGAUAUUGCACACUGUUCCCAGUCUGUAUAUUCACUUUUCUCAUCUUAAAUACAUGAUGACUGGUAGUGUAGAUGCUGCCUUGGAUGUUAUAAUAGAUGGCAUACAACAUGUACCUCAUUGCAAAAUACUUCUGGAGGGAUUAAUAAACUUUGCAAUGAUGCAUGGAGGACCAAGACAAGUGAACAUAGUGGACUCAAUUAUAGCUCAUGCAAUAACUCCUGGGCCAGAUUUAUCUCAAGGUUUGGGCACUAAAGAUCGGGAGGAUAUAUCACUUAUUUAUUUAGAGUUUCUUGACUGUUGUGGAACCAUCCAUGAUGUAAGGAAGGCAUGGAAUCGUCACAUAAAAUUCUUUCCACACUUGAUAAGGAACUUCUCAUUUGAGGAGCCAACUUCAGGUAAUCAGUUAUCCAUCUUAGCCGUGGAAGGAAGAAAAUGCAAUCACUUUGAUAUGCCUGAUCAGUUGUCAUCUGGAAACCAUAGUUCUGGCCAUCCAAUCCAGCUCCCAGUGCAAGAUCAGCAACUGAUGUGGCCAGAAAAUAAUGCUAUUGAGCCUGACCAGGGUUUCACAGACCAGUUCCAAACAGAAGAUGACAAUGAUGCACAGGGAAUAUUACAUCCAUUAUCUCCCAAUUUUGCAGAGGAAUCCAGAAAAGAUGCAUCAGUUAAUAAACCAAGUAAUGAUUUAGAGUUCCAGUCUGUAGGUUAUGCAGCUGAAACAAUGGAAUCUACUCAUGAUUUAGUAGAUCAGUCUGGAGAAGGUGUAUGUGGACCAAUGGAGUCAACUCAAGAUUUAGUAGAUCAGUCUGGAGAAGGUGUAUCCGGGCCAAUGGAGUCAACGAAUGAUUUAGUACACCAAUCCAGAGAAGAUGCUUCUGGAACAUCUGAGACAACUCAUGAUUUAGCAUGUCAAGGUGCUGAUAGUAUUGCAUCUUUAGAAGCCCCACAAGAGUACUGUGAUUCAGUCAAUGUGCAGCAAGACCAAGACCAUGCCAAACGGCAUCUGAAACCUCUUUCUUUCGGGGGUCUUUCUUUAAAUCCUCAGGACAAGGAAUCUGUGGGUUUAGUCCCCAUGGCAUCUUUUGAGCAUGACACUACUACAGAAAUCUGCAUCUCUAAAGAAAUCCUAGAGAGCUGUCAGAACACUAAUGUAGAUCCUUCUAUAGCCUGCACAAGGAGCUCUCCAUCUGCUGAUUCCGCUCAAGUUCAAAAUGAUACAGAUGAAAAUGAAUCACUGAGCCCCUCAUCUUCUGCAAGUAUUCAUAAUCCAAGAUCAACCAAAGCACGUCCACAACCAAAUGUGCCUGCAAAUAGUGGUGGAAACUUGCAUCAAAUGAACAACCUGGUUAAAGCUUCCGAGGAUGCAAAUUCUCGACCUCAUGAGCAUUUACAAAAUCAACAUCAACAGCAACAGCUGGUUUCUCCACAGCAACAGUGCUCAUCAGCUGGAAUGGACAAUCAAAUGCUUAUGAAUCAAGGUCAUCCCCAUCAUCCUUCAUCUUGGAGAAAUCCAAAAGUUGAGCAAGGUUCCCAAGCACAAAAUCAGUACCAAGCAGGUGCUGCUCAGGGAAACUCAACAGCUAUCGAUGUAAAGCCAAUGCAGAAUGUGCAGCAGCAUAGCUUUGUAGCUGUAUCCCAACCUCAAUUUUCCCCUCAACCCGUUUCUCAGCCUAAAGCACAGAUGUCUCCGUGUUCCCUGCAAAGUGGUGACACGCCUGGGCAUGCACAGAAUAGUCAAGCAUAUAACGCUACAUCACAAUAUUAUUACCAGCAGCAGCAGCAUAUGCAGCAACACUAUCUUCAGCCCUAUCAACAGCAGCAGCAGCAGCAGCAGCUUCAACCACAACAGCAACCUGAUCAGCAGCAACUGCUGUUGUUGCAACAACAACACUAUCUGCAGCAGCAGCAGCAACAACAACAUUAUCAGCCACAGCAAAUGCAGCAACAGCAGUAUCUAUUCUAUCUACAGCAGCAGCAACAACAUUAUCAGCAGUUUCAACAGCUGCAGCAACAGCAAAGUCAACAGCAAUGGCAGCAGCUGCUGCAACAACAUCAGCAGCAGCAGCAAAAUCAUCAGUUGCAGCAGUGGCAGCAACUUCAAGAAGGAUAUCAGCAAUUUCAGCAGCAGCAGCUACUGCAACAGCAACAAGAAUAUGAGCAACAGCUGCAGCAGGCACGACUGCGACCACAAGAAGAGUAUCAGAAACUGCAGCAGCUGGCAUUACAGCAAUCACAACAAGGAUAUCAGCAAUUUGUCCAGCAGCAACAAAUGCAACAGCAGCAAGAAUACGAGCAACAGCUGCAGCAAGCACGGCUGCAACCUCAAGAAGAGUAUCAGAAACUGCAGCAGCUUGCAGAACAGCAAGUGCAACAAGGAUAUCUGCAACUGCAGCAGCAUCAAGUACAGCGGCAACAACAACAAGAACAGCUGCCACAUGAGCAUCAACAAGAUGAAGAACAGUCCCAGCAUCGGCUGCAGAUUACUUCAACACAGAAUCUGACAUGGGACGGGAGCUACUAUCAACAGGGCCAAGGAAUUACACCACUGCAUGGCACAGCUGAAUCUCCACAUCUCCAGCAGGAAUCUCCCCAGGUGCGUAGGACAGGGACAUCUGGACCUACUGUAUCUCCACAUAACCAGUUGCAAUCUCCGCAUGGAUUUUCCCCACUACAAAGUGCAGGGGCAUAUGGACCUGCAGCAUCAUCUCCACAUCCCAAUCACCAAUCUCCCCAAGCUCAAUGAAACAGAUGAAUGUUAAUUAUAAAUUAUCCCAUUAGUUUGUUAUGCUAGGAAUUCCCUGAUUUUAUUGUUGAAUUAUAUGUAUUGUUGACUUUAUCGUUGAUUUAUAUGUAUUGUUGGUUCCCCUGCGAGAGUUCCUUGCUGGAGAGGGAACCUGGAUAUUCUAUUUAUCUGUAAUUUGAACAGAAUAGAACUCAAAACUGUAAUUAUUUCUCUUUUCUCAUACCUUAAAUCUCGAGGCCAUGGAUUUAUUUAUAA